UCUAAACCCCAGAGAUCGAAAACAGUCGGGGUGACGUCAGAGAUGAGCUACAGCACAGAGAUGCUAAAUGCUUCUACAGAAGAGAUACUAUAAAUCUUUCUUAUCACUGAUCAAAGACAAACAGUUUCCCUAAUUACCAGUAAUGGGUUAAAUGCUAAGUCAUAAACAAAGAACAUGCACACUCAUAUUUCUUUGUAUCUUAAGAGUUAUUCAUAUAGUUUGUAAGGAUGCCGUAUUGUGAUGUUUAUAAUUGUUCAACCUCUUCAAAAGUGGACAAAAAUGUGCCAUUUUUUCGCUUCCCAAAAGAUGCAGGUCUUCAAAAAGCAUGGGUACAUUACUGUCGAAGAAGAGACCUUACAUUAACCAAAUGCAGUAAAAUAUGUGAGAAACACUUUACGCCAGAUCAGUAUUCUCGUUAUCCACCCCGUUUAGCUGAGUUAGGUUAUCCUAAUGCUCGUGCUCAGUUAAAAGAUGAUGCUGUACCCGAUGUUGAGUGGCCUACCCAAGGUGAAUGUUCAACUUCAUCAAAUACUGAGAAAAAACCAUCUGGGUAUGGUGCAUAUAGAAAGCGACAAAUACUUCAGGUAUUAAAAGAGGCUAUGAUAGAAAGUGAUGAUACUGAUCUCAGUGAUCAUAAUGUUGCAGAAGAAAGUGUAAAUAUAGAUGCAGAUGUUUCUGAAACUCAAGCAGUAACCCCUUCAUCUUUGAGUAAUGUUUCUGCAGAAUUUGAGCCAUCAACAGUUGAUAAAGCCAUCCAGGUGUUUAUUCCUGACAAUAAAGUCAAAACAAAAACAAGAAGAAUACAAACAGGAAAGUCAAAAAUAGGUUUCAAGACAGUUGAUGCUGAAGUUCAGUGCAGUGAAAUUCAAUACUGUGUUAAGUGUGGUCACACUGGUCUAGAAGACAAUACAAAUAAUGCAGAAAGUCAAAAUUAUAGGGUCUAAUUUCUUCUGGAGCAAGGGAAAAUCCUUCUGAUAAGUCUUCAGCCAUUGUAUUGAAUACGUUACGUUACGGUGGGAAUUUGCAAGAAGCUCACCUCUGACGUAUAUAACACACACGUGACUCUUAUCUCAUUAACUGUCAGCACUGCUCCGAGAACUGCUUUGGCUGGUGUUUACAGAUUACUAUUUCCAGCUGUGCCUUGUUAUCAGAUGCUUGUUUAACAGAUUCAGUGUGAGAAUCUGACUUAAGGAUUAUAAAGACAAUGAUUACAGACAAAUAAUUUUUUGUGUCAUGUGUCCUUUAACGGUAAACUAACAACUCAACUUUAUGAUAAAUAGGAUGAUUUCAUCUUCUCCAUCGUCAACUUCCCAUAUCUAUGUAGCAAUAUUCCA